AUGACACCUAUUAAAGUAGAAGAAAUGAGUUUAACAAAAAAAACAAUUAAUGAACAAUUAAUUAAAGAUUUCCUUGGAAAUGAAUUAUUUCAAUCAGUAUUAAUUUUAGGAUUGGAUGGUAAAGUUUAUGCUUAUAAUAAAUCACCAGAACCAGGAGAGAUCGAUCAAAUUGUCAAAGGAUUCAAGAGUAUCAAAAAAAUGGAAUCAUUUUCUCUUAUUGGUGAAAAAUUUAUAAUCUGUAUAAAGGAUGAAAAACCAACGUCCAAAGUAUACGCUCAAAAUGAUAGACUUGGUUGUAUUGUCAUCCAAAGUAAAAAGGCUUUCAUCAUUGGAAUGUUUCCAAAAAAAUUAGAAGUACAUCCAAGAAUUUGUUAUCUUGACAAUUAUUGUAAACAAUUUGAUGCUCAAGAUUAUUCUUAUUUAAAUAAUCAAAAUAUUAAAAUUGUCAUGUAA